GACUGGUUCUUUAGGGUCGCCGCCAGGAAGAAAGAUUCAGAAACGCGCGAACGAUCGAACCGAGCAGACGGGAAGGAACUGGUUCUCCCGUCCCGGUCCCGGUAAGACAGCCUGGGAAACAUAUAAAAAAAGUGAAACUCAGAACCAAGAAUCCGACGGAGACAGGAAGUGUGGAGUGUGGUCUGAUAAGCUCCAAGUCUUUCAUUGUAGUGCGCGAGAUAAGACACUUGGUUUGGUGAAGUGUGUCGUGUAGUUAAAACGAGCGUUGUCUCGUCCAUCUUGGAGUUGGUGUGAUAACCCAUAGUCCGGAUUAGGAUGGGUGAAAUCACAUCACUCACCCCGAUCGCCCUCCUUAUGGUACUAACCCUAGGAGUGGUACGAUCGGAACUUACGCCACCGUACUUCAAUCUUGCUGAGGGACGAAAAAUUUCCGCUACCGCCACGUGUGGCGUUGAUACCGAUGGACCCGAACUGUACUGUAAACUCGUUGGUGCUAAUACGGAAAAUGAUCACCAGAAUCAAUACUCCGUCAUUCAGGGACAGGUCUGUGAUGUUUGUGAUCCUUCCGAUCCGGACAAAAGACACCCGCCCGAGUAUGCGAUCGAUGGUACGCAAAACUGGUGGCAGAGUCCUCCACUGUCGCGUGGUAUGAAGUACAACGAAGUUAACCUUACGAUCGAUUUCGGACAGGAAUUCCACGUGGCUUAUCUGUUCAUUCGGAUGGGUAAUUCGCCUCGUCCGGGAUUGUGGUCGCUUGAGAAAUCGAGCGAUUAUGGCAAGACCUGGACCCCGUGGCAACAUUUCUCCGACUCUCCCACCGACUGCGUAACAUACUUCGGUGCGGGCAGUUUGAAACCGCUGCAAAACGAUGAUGACGUUAUCUGUACAAUGGAUCACUCGAAGAUCGUGCCGCUCGAGGGUGGUGAGAUUCCUAUUCGUUUGCUCAACAACCGGCCAUCGGCGAACAACUACUUUAACUCGUCAACGCUGCAGGAGUGGAGCAGAGCGACGAACGUGCGUAUCCGUUUGCUGCGCACGAAGAAUUUGCUCGGCCAUCUGAUGUCCGUUGCCAGGCAAGAUCCUACAGUUACGAGACGGUACUUCUACUCGAUCAAGGAUAUCUCGAUCGGUGGUCGAUGUGUGUGCAAUGGACACGCCAAUACUUGUAACGUGCAAGAUCCACGAUCGCAAAUGCGCAUACUAGCCUGCCAGUGUCAGCAUAACACGUGCGGUAUCCAGUGUGCCGAGUGUUGUCCCGGAUUUGAGCAGAAGAAAUGGCGCCAGAACACCAAUGCAAGACCAUUCCAGUGUGAACCGUGUAACUGUCAUGGACAUUCGGACGAGUGUACCUACUCAGAGGAGAUCGACGAAAAGGGACUGUCGUUGGACAUUCAUGGAAACUACGAAGGUGGCGGUGUGUGCCAAAAUUGUCAGCAUAACACGAAAGGCAUCAACUGUAACCAGUGUCAGGAUAAGUACUAUCGCCCGUACGGGAGAUACUGGAACGAAACGGACGUUUGUCAGCCAUGCGACUGUAAUCACUUUUACUCCACCGGUAACUGUGAGGAGGAAACUGGUCGCUGUGAAUGCCGGGCCGAGUUUGAACCACCGCUGUGCGAUGCGUGUUCCUAUGGUCAUUUUGGAUAUCCCAACUGUCGUCAGUGCGAGUGUAAUUUGAAUGGUACGGUUGGGUACUACUGUGAGGCAGUUGAUGGUACCUGUCCAUGCAAGCACAACUUUGAUGGACCACAUUGCAAACAGUGUGCAAAGGAAUACUAUGGAUUCCCGGACUGUGAUCCUUGCGAUUGUAACAUGCACGGAUCGGUUGACCGUGUCUGUGACGAGGGCAGUGGUCAGUGUCAGUGCAGACCGAACUUUGCCGGUCGGCUUUGCGAUACUUGCAAGGAUGGUUUCUACAGAUAUCCUGAUUGUACCUACUGCAACUGUGACGUUCGUGGAACUUUGGAACAAGUAUGCGACAAGAACUCGGGCACCUGCCUGUGUCGGGAAGGUUACGGAGGACCACGCUGUGAUCAAUGUAUUCCCGGCUAUUACAACUAUCCGGACUGUGUACCUUGCAACUGUUCCAGUGCUGGUAGUACUUCUACGGUUUGUGACGUCACUGGACGUUGUUCGUGUUUGGAGAACUUUGGCGGACGACAGUGUACGGCAUGUUUAGCCGGAUACUAUCAGUAUCCGGAAUGUUUAUCCUGCAACUGUGACUCGUACGGUUCGCUAGCAAAAUCCUGUACCAACGAUGGACAAUGCCAGUGUAAGGAUAACUUCGAUGGAAAGACGUGCCAGCAGUGCAAGGAAGGGUUCUACAACUUCCCAGCCUGUGAGGAAUGCAACUGUGAUCCGGCCGGUGUGAUAGCACGAUUUGCUGGAUGUGGUUCGGUACCGGCAGGGGAGCUGUGUCAAUGUAAGGAACGUGUGCAUGGCAGAAUCUGUGACAAAUGUCGCCCGUUGUACUGGAAUCUCACCGCUACCAAUCCGCACGGUUGUCAGGAUUGUGAGUGCUUCAUUGAUGGUACGAUCGGUGCGUUGGAUACUUGCGAUACGAAGACGGGCCAGUGUGCGUGUAAGCCUUCGGUGAAGGGACGCCAGUGUGCCGAAUGUAAGGAUGGAACGUUUGAUCUGUUCGGAGCGAACUUGUUCGGUUGCAAGGAUUGUGGGUGCGAUAUUGGUGGUGCGGCGGACAAUGUGUGCAACAAGGAAACGGGACAUUGUCGCUGUCAUCCACGAGUAUCCGGACGAACGUGUUCGUACCCAUUAACGACGCACUAUUACCCAACGCUCUACCAGUACCAGUUUGAGUACGAAGAUGGAUACACUCAGUCGGGUGCACAGGUUCGUUACCAGUUCCAUGAGGAUAUUUUCCCUGGAUUUAGUAGCCGUGGAUACGCCGUUAUGUCCUCGCUGCAGAACGAGGUUAUAAACGAGGUCAGUGUACUGAAAUCGUCAGUAUAUCGGUUGGUAAUACGGUACAAAAACCCGAACCCGGACAAUGUCGUCGCUACGAUUCUGAUUACACCGGACAAUCCAACGGAGGUGGAGCAGAAAACGAAAGUUUUGUUCAAGCCAACCGAAAAUCCGGAGUUUGUGACGGUGUCUGACGCUAGGGGAGAAGUUCCUUCACCGGUUGUGUUGGACCCGGGAAGCUAUACCAUUAGCAUCAAGACGGACAAGACGGUGUUUCUCGAUUACUUUGUGCUGCUUCCGGCUGCGUACUAUGAAGCUUCCAUACUGACGCGCAAAAUUGAAAACCCAUGCGAGUUUGACGAAAUGGAUCUUUGCCGCCAUUAUCAAUAUCCGAGUGUAGCACCGUUCAACCCACAAAGGGAAUCGUUUAUUAUCGAGGAUGGUCAAAGCUACAAACCGGUGGAACAUUUCAAAGAGUACCAGCAUUUGGAUAAGGUACGGGAGCAGGAAAUGCCGAUUCUAACGGAUUCGCAACCGGAAUUGUACUACCCGAUGGAGGUGCCACAUGCAGGCCGUUACGUGCUGGUCGUUGACUACGUUACUAAUCGCAACAAUCCGGAAGUGGCUAUUCUGCAGGUGAACCUUGUCGGUGAUAUUGAUCAGGACGGUUCGGCAACUGCUUACCCGUGCACGUAUACCACCGUCUGUCGGCAGCCAGUGAUCGAUAGGGAGUCUCGGGAAAAGAUCUUCUUCCUCGAUCCGAAUAAUCAGAAACCGAUUCAGGUGAAGAGUGUCGACGCAUCUGGUUCGAUCGCGAUCAAAUCAGUCACCGCCAUUCCGUACGAAGACUGGUCGGCGGAUUACAUUCGUCCGAACUCGGUGUGCGUAAUGCAGGGUGGCAAUUGUGUACAGACCAGCUACCGUACAGCGCCCGAUUCGAAGAAAAUUGAGUUCGAAACGGAAAAUGAGUAUCUCAUCGCGGAGGAUGUACCGAAGCAACUGUACGACAACAGUACCAAGCUGAUACUGCUUGAUCAGAACCAAACGGAAUUAACCAUCGAUGCAAAGAUCCAGCAUCCGAAUCGUUACGUGCUGAUCGUGAAGUUCUUCCAACCCGACCAUCCUUCGUUCAAUGUGCAGUAUCGCAUCCAAGCUACGCGCCAAAACUAUGACGGACGAUUGGAAGUGCGGCAUUGUCCAGCGAACAGCGGAUGCCGGGAGGUACUGAAGCAGGACAAUGGAAACAUUGAGUUCGACCUGGAGGACAACAUCGAGCUGACGAUUCUGGGCGAUGGCACUAAACGGGUGUGGGUUGACUACGUUCUGCUGGUACCGGCUGAGCAAUUCCAUAAUGUUUUGCUCCAGGAGGAAACGUUCGAUCAGACGAAUGAGUUCAUUCAGCAGUGUGGACAGGAUCAUUUCUACAUUCAGACGAAUUCUUCGGAUUUCUGUAAGAAGGCCGUAUUUUCACUCACCGCGGACUACAACAGUGGAGCUUUGCCGUGCAACUGUGACUACUCAGGAUCGACGAGCUUCGAGUGUGAACCGUUCGGAGGUCAGUGCCAGUGCAAGGCACACAUUAUUGGACGGAAGUGUGAAGCUUGCAAGACAGGCUACUAUGGAUUCCCGGAUUGUAAACCCUGCAACUGUCCAUCGACCGCGCAAUGUCACAAGGACACCGGCGAGUGUGUCUGUCCCGAUCGUGUGACGGGUGAAAAGUGCGAUCAGUGUGUACCGUACACGUUUGGGUUCGAUCAGAUCAUCGGAUGCGAAGAAUGUAACUGUAAUCCGCUGGGUGUGGCUUACAACAACUUGCAGUGUGACAUGGACAGCGGUAUGUGCGAGUGUAAGUCGAACGUGGUCGGUCGGAAGUGUGAUCGGUGCCAGUAUGGAUUCUUCAACUUCCCGUACUGCGAACCGUGUCACUGUGACAUCCGCGGCACAACGUUCGAAAUCUGCGAUCAAACGGACGAGAGCUGUUUCUGUAAGAAGAACGUGCAGGGACGCGAAUGCAGUACGUGCGUUGAUGGAACGUACAAUCUACAGGCAAGCAAUCCGGACGGUUGCACCAAAUGCUUCUGCUUCGGACAUACUAGCCGUUGCCAGACAGCGUUUUUGCGUCCGUUCAACGUCAGCAUGAUGAAGCAGGUGACGGUGAACACGAUCCGUCUGUCGGGUGGCAAGAUCACAAUCGCACCAUGGAUCCUCACGCAUGAGAUUAUGCUGAACGAGACGUCUGCCGAGGUUUCGCUGAGUACUUUUGAUAAUCGUGACCCAUCGGCCGGAAUGGUUUACUUCGGCAUGUUGGACCAUCUGUUCGAUCUGAACAAUCAUCUUUCGGCGUAUGGCGGGUUCCUGACGUACAAGAUCCACUUUACGAAUGGUUUGUUUGGAAGCGCACUGAUUGGGGCGGACGUAAUACUCGAGGGCAAACAGUUGGAGGUGAUGCACCAAAGCUAUCGGCAACCAUCGUCCCAUCAACUGUUCAGUGGUAGCGUGGAGAUUGUUGAGAGCAACUUCCAAACAGCGGCUGGAGGUCCUGUAAGUCGUGAACAGUUUAUGAUGCUGCUGCGCGAUCUGAAGAACAUCUACAUCCGGGCAUCCUACUGGGAGAACGGUCUGGUGACGGUUGUCUCCGACGUUAGCUUAACCAUGGCACACGACGAUCUGGAACAUCCGCAUCUGUAUCGUGAGCUGGCGGUGGAAAACUGUGACUGCCCACCGGGGUAUGUUGGACGAUCGUGCGAAGAUUGUGCACCGGGCUAUUACCGCGAUCCGAAUGGUCCCCACUUGGGUUACUGUAUUCCGUGUGAGUGCAAUGGACAUGCGGCUACUUGCGAUUGUAACACUGGUAUUUGUCAUGACUGUCAGCAUUACACCACCGGUGAUCACUGCGAUCAGUGCAUUGAAGGAUACUACGGCAAUGCUACACGUGGUACGCCGAAUGAUUGUAUGAUUUGCGCUUGCCCGUUACCGGUUGAGUCGAACAAUUUUGCCACGUCUUGCGAAGUUUCCGAGGAUGGUUAUGAGAUACAUUGUGCCUGCAAACCAGGAUACCAUGGGGAAAAAUGUCAGAGCUGCGCUCCGGGCUACUAUGGUCAACCUCAGGUCGAGGGUGAAUUCUGUAAAAAGUGCGAUUGUUCAGGAAAUAUCAACGCAGAGGAACCGGGAGCUUGCGAUUCUGUAUCGGGCGAAUGUUUGCUUUGUUUGAACAACACGUACGGAAGAGCGUGCAAUUUGUGUGCCCCUGGAUUCUACGGUGAUGCUGUACAGCUGAAAGAUUGCCAGAGCUGUAUCUGCGACAAGAUCGGUAUGGAGUACUGUGACAACUUUGUAGGAACGUGCAACUGUAUGCCGAAUGUGAUCGGAGAGAAAUGCGAUCGAUGCGAUGAUGAUCACUAUGGGUUCGAAUCGGGACUUGGAUGUACGCCAUGCGAUUGUGGCAUUGCUUCGAACAGCUCGCAGUGUGAUGAUAAUACUGGCAAGUGUGCCUGCAAACCUGGAGUGACGGGACGUCAGUGUGAUCGCUGUGAGCCGGGCUAUUGGAACUACUCCGAGGAAGGUUGUGUACCGUGCUCUUGCAACACUGACUACUCGAGAGGAUUGGGCUGCAAUGCGUUAACAGGCCAGUGCGAAUGUUUGUCCGGUGUUGUCGGUGAAAAGUGUGACUCCUGUCCAUAUCGGUGGGUGCUUAUACCGGACACAGGCUGCCAGGAGUGUGACGUAUGCCACCAUGCAUUGCUGGAUGUAACCGAUGGAUUGAAGCGCGAUAUCGAUCCCGUGCUAGGGGACAUUAAGACGAUCGCGGACGAUUACUACACGUCGCAGAAGCUGAAAUACUUUGACGAUAUGGUCGAUCGGCUGGAACCGAAGGUGCGCAGCUUGGAUCCGCACGGUGUUAAUUUGAAUCCGUCGAAGCAAAAGGUCGAAACGCUCGAGAUGGAGGUGAAAAAUUUGGACCGCCGCAUUCAGUAUGCAGAUGAGAACGCGAAAGAUAUUUCCACCAAUAGCCAAAAUCUGCUGGCGGCUGCGUCCAACGUUUUGGAUGAUUGUCGUUUGGUACACAUCAACACGAAGAACACGAUCGAUGAGGUGUUGAUGUUGGCGGAAAAUCUUGACUCAUCGGAGAUUACCAAGCUGGACCAAGCGUAUGCCGAAGCGAAAAACUAUCUGGACAACAUCAAGCAAUACUCGACAACGCCGGAGUCGCUCAACUCGCAGCUGGAAAAUGCAACCAUGUUGCUGAAAGUCGUCGAAGCAUUUGGCGAACCGGUGCAGAUGCAACAUGAAAAGCUAGCCAAGCUGAUGCACGACAUUGGGGAGUUCGAUGUGAAGCUGGAAGACCUCUACACCUGGAGCUUGAAGAUAGAGAAGGAAAGCACCAUUACGUCGAAGUUAAACAACAAAAAUAAAGGGUCAGUCAACACUAAGUUCGAUACGGUAACGGCACACGCAAAAGAAGCUACUGAGAAUACCGAAAACAGUAAAGGGCUGCUGGCUAAUUCGUCCAACAUCAUGAAGGACAUCGACAUUACGCACGUCGAGUUGGCAAAUGUGAACAAAGGGCUUACCGAUCUUGACAACGAUGUGGACAAACAGCUACCGGUUGCGUUUGCGGAGUAUCAGGAUCUGAGUCCUCUUAUCGCACGAGCAUAUGAACACGCGAAUGAACUGAAGAUGGAAGCCGAGAGCUUGUCGGACAAAUAUUCGGGCGUUUCGGCUAACUCGGAGACGGCACUGCAGGCAGCAACGGCUCACUCGAAGAUUGUGGACGCGGUAAAGGAAGCCGCCGAUAAUAUUCGAAACGCCACACUCACGGCGCAGAAGGCAACGGCGCAGACAGAGGGCAUUGAUAAUCGGGCCGCCGAAUCGGAUGCUGCUUCUCGCGAGUUGCUCAGUGAUGCUCAGCGUAUGUUUACCACCCUCCAGAUGGACCUUGAACCAAAGAGCAAACAAUCGAUUGAUACGGUUGAUGGUAUUAAGGAGCGAAAUGCUCACAGUGACGACAUGCUGUACUCCAUCAAUGCCGCCCUGGAUGGUAUUCCGGAGGAAUCGCAUACGGAUGAUUGGGAAACGGCACGUGAUCAGGCUAUCGAAGCGCAGGCCAAAUCACAAAAUUCGCUUAAGAUACUGGAUCCGAUGAUAUCCGAUCUUUCCAAGAGUGUGUACAUGGCAGAGCAAUUGCCGAAAGAGGUAGACAACACGAAAAAGGACAUUAAGCAGGCAACUGCACAGAUCGAACGCCUGAAAACGAUGAUUCCCAACAUUCGCCAGCUAGUCGAAAAGCUCGAUGCGAAACAGAACCAGGUUGAUUCAAUCGUCAGCAAUAUCGGCGAUCAGCUUGAAUCGUUGAAGCGUCAAAUUAGAGAGGCAAGAUCGAUUGCUAACACGAUCAAGGUCGGUAUGCAAUUCCACCCCAACACAACAGUGGAGCUGAAACCACCGCAAAGUCUGUCCCAGAUGGCAACGAACUCCAACGUGUCCGUGUUCUUCCGCACCGACAAACCGGAAGGUUUCCUGCUCUAUCUUGGCAACGAGGUGAAGCCGGACGCGAAGAAGAGCUCGCGCGAUGACUACAUGGCACUGGAGAUCGAGAAUGGUUACCCGGUACUGUCGAUCGAUCUAGGUAAUGAUCCAGAAAAGGUAAUCAGUCCAAAGUAUGUGGCUGAUGAUAAGUGGUACCAGGCGAUCGUUGAGCGUACUGGAAACAACGUGAAGCUGAUCAUUCGUGAAGAACUGGACAACGGUACGGAUGUGUUCCAUACGAAGGAGCAGGUACUUCCGGGAGCGUACAACGUGUUCAAUGUGGAUCAGAACAGCAAGUUGUUCAUUGGGGGCUACCCACCGGAGUACAAUAUGCCGCAGGAUGUGAAAUCGAGCGAGUUUGAUGGUCGUAUCGAGCAGCUACAGAUUGGCGGUGAGCACGUAGGUCUGUGGAACUUCAUCGACGCACAGAACGUGUACGGAUCGCCUGAGCGGGAGUCACUGCGCAACGAGGAGAACCCAUCGACUGGAUUCCGGUUUAGUGGUAAUGGAUAUGUAGCUAUCGAUGCCAAGCCGUACACAUUCAAGCAGCAGUCCCAGUUGCAGUUCCAGUUCAAGGCACCACCGGAGACACGGGACGGUUUGCUGUUCUAUGCGGGCAAAAACAAACACUUCAUUUCGGUGGAGAUGCGCAACGGUGCGGUAGUGUUCCAGUUCAAGCUUGGUCAGCAUGCCCAGGCAGUCACGAUGGGAUCGAACAAUGCGUUCAAUGACGAUAAGUGGCACAAAAUUUCCGUGGAACGCGAUGGCAACAUUGGUAAGCUGACGGUGGACGAUCGUGAAGUGUUCCAGCAGACCGGUUCGGCAGAGCAUCAGCAGUUGCACAUUUCCGAAGCGCUCUACUUCGGCGGUUAUCAUAGCCGGGUUAGCCACUCCGAGGUUACGUCGAAGGGCUUCGAUGGUUGCAUUGACGACGUCUACAUUUUGGGCAACAAGGUGGACUUGAGCAUCAAUCUGAAGGCACUCGAUGUGCGUCCGGGUUGUCCGAUGAAGUUCUCGCCGCUCGUGUCUUUCCCACCGCGUCAGUUCGGUUACGUUAACCAGCCUGGUGUCGCAUCGGUAAACAAUCUGCAGGUCAAUCUUAAGUUCCGUACCACCCAACCGGACGGAGUGCUGUUCUAUACCAGUAACUACGAUCAGAGCGGAACGCUGGGGCUGGCUCUGCGAAAUGGAGUACUCGUGCUGAGUAGCUCCGGAUCGGAAGUUACCACCGACUAUCAGACGUACAAUGAUGGUGAGUGGCACGCCGUAACGGCUAGCCAUGAGCAAUACCGGUUAACGCUGAUGGUGGACGAUCAAGAUUCCAACAACGUUCUCUCUCAACCGCUACCGCUGUAUAUCGAAAAUGGUGAUAUCUACUUCGGUGGAUUGCCAAAGAAUUUUGUCACAAUGCACGGUGCGAUCGCAUCUACCGCUUACUUUAUGGGAUGCAUUAGCGACGUUACGGUGAACGGACAGAUUGUCAACUUCGCUACGCUUAGCGACAAGAAGUCGGCCGUACUGGAUCAGUGCUCGAAGGAACUGUUUGCUGCUGGUGAUGUGCCGCUUUACUAUCCGAAUGAUGGCAAGGAUCCGGAGGUGUUUGUAGCCAGUCGAGUCGAGACGGAUAACGAGCAAUCGGGCAGAACUGACGGUGAUGAAGAGAAGGAUCCACGAACACCGGAUAAGGGUUGGAAAACAGUUCCUCCUAUUCCGAAGCAACCGUCACAUGAUGUUAUCCCAACGACCACCACUACAACAACCACGACAACCACCACUACAACCAUGCGCCCAAGGCCAACACAGCCGGAUGAGCCACCGCCAGUAUGUAAGCUGCCCGUCACACCGGAACAGGAUGUCGAUUUCGAUCAUGGUUAUCGGUUCGGCACGGGUCAGUUUAGCCACAUCGAGUUCAGCGAAGUACCGCUCAAGAGCAAACGGCAGUACGAAUUUUCGUUCAACUUCAAGACGGACUUUUCGGAGGGUGUUCUGUUUUACGUGGCUGACUCGCGACAUACGGACUAUGUUGCGCUUCAUUUGCGCGACGGUAAGCUGGUCCAUUCGUUUAACUGUGGUUCGGGAUCGGCCAACAUGACAUCCGAACGAAGGUACGAUGAUAACGAGUGGCAUACGGUGAGCUUCGCAAGACAGAAUAAUAAUGGUAGGCUGAUAGUUGAUCUGGAGGACAUAUCGAUGGGUGAAUCUAAGGGUAAUACUCGCACCAUGGCACUGCAGGCACCGAUGUUUGUUGGUGGCGUCAGUGCAGACAAUUACGAGGAGGUAGCGCUUAAUCUUAAGGUGGACAAAAAUGUGCUGGAACGUAAUCAAUUCGUUGGUUGCAUCAACAAGCUCGCUGUAAACGAUAAUCCGUUGGCCGCACCUUCCAACAUAACCCGCACGAUUCCCUGCUCCAGCCAGAUCGAAACGGGUACGUUCUUUGGCAGUGGUGGCGGAUUUGUGAAGCUGUACGAAAAGUUCAAGGUUGGCAACGAGCUGACCGUUAGUAUGGACAUACGGCCGCGUGCAUCAAGCGGUCUGCUAAUGUCCGUACACGGCCGUAAGGCGUACUUUGUGCUGGAGAUGAUCAACGGCACGAUCAGCCUGACGGUGAACAAUGGCGACGAUCCGUACACGGCCACCUACACGCCACUGCCGGAAGAGAAUCUCUGCGAUGGCCAAUGGCGCACGGUUUCCGCUAUCAAAUCACAGUACGUGAUCACCAUUAAGGUGAAUGAUGUGAGCUCGAAUCCUGCCAUCGGUGAUGCGCGAUCUCCAUCAACCGACACCACCCGACCGCUCUUCCUUGGCGGACAUCCUCAUUUACAGAGGAUUCGAGGAUUUGUUGCGCGUGCACCGUUCCAGGGAUGUAUACGCAAUGUGAAGGUUCGCAAUACCGUCGAACAGAUUACACCAAAGAUGACGGUCGGCAAUGUGCAGGCAGGCGUUUGCCCAACAAUUUAAAGCAGAGUCUCCACUCCAGACGAUCAGCAUCUUCCACGGAUAAACGACCAUUUGAAUGACGAAUUUGGACAGACGAUUUUCGGACUGCGUUUGAAUGAGAUAUGAAGGAACGGCUGAUAACGAAAAUGCUGCGAAUAUUAAGGACUUCUUCGAAUUGGAUAAAUCUUACUAAUUGAUGACAUUACAACUUUUCUUUUCCUAUUUUUCAAAUUCCUAUCUAGUUUAUGAUUAAACUAUCCUCCCAGUUGUACAGGGUUUUUCUAUUCAGUUUAGACUAGCCGCACACUUUUUCCUGCUCGGCGCAUUUGAUUUUUAGUUAGCAGUAUGUGCUUUUACCUACCCGAGUCAAAAAUCAAGUGCGCAGAACAGGAAAAAGUGUGCGGCUAGUCUAAACUGAAUACAAAAACUCUGUAAUACAUCCCUAAUGCAGAUGUGACAGAAUAUGUAACUUCACUACACUUUUUCCCGGAAUGAUUAAUAUAGUUAACCGAAACCAGUGCCAUUAAGUGUUCACACACAGACAAAACAGUGUUUCAUAAGAAACGGAAUACAAAACUGAACUAGUGUAACUUUCCCAGUUUCAAUAAAUUUCCCCAACUUGAGCAAAGUA